AUGAAGGGCAUCCAGAUUACGGAAUACGUGAAGGGGCCCGAGGCGCUCAAGGUCGUUGACCUGCCUGACCUCGCCCAGGAAGACGCCGAGUACACGAUCAAGGUCCACGCUGCCGCCGCCAACUUUUUCGACAUUCUGCAGAUCCAGGGCAAAUACCAACACCAACCUCCUUUCCCCUGGACCGCCGGCGUCGAGUUCGCCGGCGUCGUCGUCGCCGUGCCCAAGACGCCCGAGACCAAGCCGCUGUACCCCGUCGGCACGCGCGUGUUUGGCGCCUCGCAGGGCGCCUACGCCGAGUACGUGCACGCCGCUGAGCAGACCAUCCUGCCCGUCCCCGAGGGCUGGUCCUUUGCCGACGCCGCGGGGCUCUUUGUCACGGCGCCCACGAGCUACAGCGCGCUUGUCCAGCGCGCCGGCAUCAAGAAGGGCGACUGGGUGCUCGUCCACGCCGCCGCCGGCGGUGUCGGCUCCGCUGCCGUACAGAGUCGGUGCUUGUCCCGCCUUGAAUCAAAGAAGCAAGAGAGAAAACGGCGCCCCCCCUCGUGUGCUAACAUCUGGACUUUUGCAGUCGCGAAAGCGUUUGGCGCCACCGUCAUCGCCACCGCCUCCACGCCGCGCAAGCUGGAAAUCGCCAAGAAAUUCGGCGCGGACCACGUCAUCUCGUACAACGACCCCAGCUGGCCCGCGCAGGUCAAGGAGCUGACACCCGACGAAAAGGGCGUCGACAUUGUCUACGACCCCGUCGGGCUCGUCGACAAGUCGACCAAGUGCACCGCGUGGAACGGCCGCAUCCUCAUCAUCGGCUUCGCCGGCGGCCAGAUUGAAAAGGUCGCCAUGAACAAGGUCCUGCUCAAGAAUAUCUCCCUCGUCGGCCUCGCCUGGGGCGCCCACUCGCUGCACCAGCCCGAACUGGUGCCCGUCGUCUGGCGCGGCGUCCUCGACCUCGUCCGCCAGGGCAAGCUCACGGGCACCCAGUACACCGACGAGGCCUUUGUCGGCCUCGACCGCGUCAAGGACGGCCUCAAGGCCCUCGGCGGGCGCGACACCUGGGGCAAGGUCAUCAUCAAGAUUGCCCCCGAGACAGAUAGCAAGUUGUAG